AUGCGUUUCACCGCUGCCUCUGUUGCCUUCUUCGCCGGCCUUGCUGUCGCGCUCCCCAACCCGGCCGAGACCGUCACCUCCACUGACGAGGUCACCAUCACCUCGUGCCACCCUACCGUGACCAACUGCCCGGCCCGUCAGACCUCCACCCCUGCCGCUGGUGCUGGUGAAUCUUCCCCCGUGGUGCCCACCUCCACCCCUGAGGCCCCUGCUGCUGGCCCCUCGGCUCCCGCUGCUGGUCCCUCGGCUGGCCCCUCGGCCGGUCCUUCCGCUGGCCCCUCGGCUCCCGCUGCUGGUCCCUCGGGCGCCCCCUCGGCUCCCGCUGCCGGCCCCUCUGCUGGCCCCUCCAGCGGUGGCUCCACUGUCCUGAUCACCACCUGCGUGCCGACUGUCCUGACCUCGGUUGUCCCCGCCCCCACCGCUAGCGCCCCCUCCAACCCCGGCGCUGGUUCUGCUGGCGGCAACCCCGGCUCCGGCGGUGGUGUUCCCCACGUCCCCACCUCUUCCCAGAAGGGUGGCUUCGGCCCUAGCGGCACUGGCAGCGCUGCCCCCUCCAGCUCGUCCUACGGCGCCGCUAGCUCCCUGUCCGGCUCCAUCAGCUUCGCUGGUGUUGCCGCCCUGGGUGCCUUCCUCCUGGCUUAA